UUGACAUUCGCUGAAAAAAUCGUGACAAAAUAAGGAAGAAGAAGCUGUAUUUUUUCGUCCGUAGGUGAAAUUUUCGGUUCUUCGCAUCAAAUAUUCUUGAUAAUCAUUAUUCGACUGUUCGAAACUGCUCAAAACCAAAGAUCCAAACGUUCUUGAUUAGAAUUCAUAUCAGUGAAAGUGAAAUUUACGGUUUGAGUGCGUGUGUAGCUGAGGUAAAGUUGUUCUCUGUGUACCAUCAAACGACGAGAAGACGAUUUUUACACCAAGGACAGUUGUAUAGAAAGAGCAAAGUGGUCACGCUCAUCACACGAGCAACUCAUCAGACGACGGUGCGUAUAUCUGGCUAGAGCAAGACAGCAAGGGGAAAUUGUUUUGAUUAAACUGCAGUUGUUCGCAAAAAACUAAAACCACUGAUUGCUUUACUGGCAAGGAGACGAUGUCACAUCCUGCUUUGCUCGGCCAGAGCACCGAUAAACUGCAACCCGAACAGAUCAUUGCAUAAACAGAAAAUUUGACAGUAAUUGAAACAUCCAGAACAAGACAAGUAUGGAGGGUGACAUUUGUCGGGUCUGUCGCUGCGAAGCACAAUCCGAUCGUCCACUGUUCCAUCCUUGCAUCUGCACGGGAAGCAUCAAGUGGAUCCAUCAGGAUUGUUUGAUGCAAUGGAUGCGUUAUUCGCGAAAGGAAUACUGCGAACUGUGCGGUCAUCGUUUUUCGUUCACGCCAAUCUAUUCACCGGAUAUGCCCCGAGUCCUACCCCUGAAGUACGUCGCCGGAGGUUUACUAAGUUCGGUUGGGACCGCCGUGAAGUACUGGAUCCAUUACAGUAUGGUGGCAGUCGCAUGGCUCGGAGUGGUUCCCCUGACGGCAUACCGAACGUAUCGUUUCCUGUUUUCCGGCUCUAUCGAAAUGCUUCUGACGCUACCGGGCGAUAUCUUCUCGACGGAGAAUAUCGCAAUCGAUGUGUUCCGGGGAUGCUUUGUAGCCACCUGUACCCUGUUUACCUUCGUCGGUCUGGUCUGGUUGCGGGAACAGAUCAUACAUGGUGGAGGGCCGGAUUGGUUGGAACGAGACGAUCCACCGGCGGUGCAGGCCGAUGCAAAUGAGAACGAGGAACGGCCUAAUCCGGUCGAGAAUGGGCAGGAAGAUAACAACAACAACAAUAAUAAUAACAACAAUGAUGAUAACAAUAACGAGGAGGAACACAACAACAACAAUAAUAACAAUUUUCUGGACAACAAUCUGAUUGAGCCGCAGAAUCGGGGGCGACCACAGGAUGCGGCCGUUGUCGGUGCGCCUGUACCACCACCGCCGCCACCACUACCACAACAACCACAGGUAGCUGCUCCAGCACCGGCGGCUGUUCCCCCUGUCCCAGCCGCACGGAUCCCGGAAGCUCCACCAGACAACAUCCCCAUUGAUCCAGCAGAACCUCCACCACCACAGGGCGAUGGUGAAGGGGAUCCAGAAGCUGUUAAUGAACCUGCUGAAGCCGCUGCCGACGAAGCCAACUGGAAUCCAAUGGAGUGGGAACGGGCGGCUGAAGAGCUGACCUGGGAACGGUUGCUGGGUUUGGAUGGAUCGAUGGUCUUUCUGGAGCACGUUUUUUGGGUUGUAUCGUUAAACACACUGUUCAUCUUUGUCUUCGCUUUCUGUCCGUACUCGAUUGGAAACUUUCUGAUUUCUUUUCUGGGAAUAAUAACCCCCGGCAAACCACUGCUGCACUUUCACGGACUUCUGACCACUUUGCUCGGUUAUUGCGUAAUUGGAAUAACGCUGGUUAAACUGCACGCCAUUGCUAGGCUCUUGCACUGGCGUCGCCAGCGUCGAAUACUAGGUCUGUGCUAUAUUGUGGUGAAAGUGUCGCUUUUGUCGGUAGUGGAAAUCGGAGUGCUUCCACUGGUGUGCGGAUGGUGGCUGGAUAUUUGCUCGCUACCGAUGUUCGAUGCAACCCUCAAGGAUAGGAAGGCCAGUUUCAAAGCAGCCCCAGGAACGUCGCUGUUUAUCCAUUGGAUGUUUGGGAUGGUGUACGUGUACUAUUUCGCGUCGUUCAUCGUGCUUCUGCGGGAGGUGCUUCGUCCCGGGGUGCUAUGGUUUUUGCGUAAUUUGAACGAUCCGGAUUUCAGUCCGAUUCAGGAAAUGAUUCACCUUUCGAUUCUUCGUCACGCGAGAAGACUUAUCGCUUCGGCCAUCAUAUUCGGUUCAGCCGUUCUGCUGAUGCUUUGGGCACCGAUUCAAUUUCUCAAAUCGAUCUGGCCAAUGUUCCUACCGUAUACUCUAUCCGGCGAUUCGGAAGUCAAUGAGUUGAGCUUGCAGCUUUUGCUGCUUCAGAUAAUCUUGCCCGGUUUCUUCGAGCAGUCACACACUCGCAUUUGGCUUAAGGGGCUGGUACGGAUCUGGUGCAACGUUGUGGCACGCAUUUUAGGCAUAAAAAGUUACCUCCUCGGAAUGGAACCUCGCCCAAAUGAGGAUGAGGUUCCACCAAGACAGCAACCGGAGCUGGGAGUAGGUCUGGCUGCGGCCCACCAGGCAAUCAUGCAGCGGGAUGUCCCCGUCGGUUUCCAACCGUACGAUCGACCAGCACUUUUCGCAGUCCGGUUAGCUGGUCUUCUGGUGCUGAUGUGUAUAAGUCUGGUGAUUGGAUCGCUGAUUACACUCACCGUACCAGUGUGGAUUGGACGCCACGGGAUGGCGCUGUGGUCAAUGGGAUCGCACAUUACUCCACCACCGAAUGCGAUUGCGACUGGAGCGGAAACACCGCCAAGACCCCACGAACUCUAUACUGCCGCGAUGGGAACGUACUUUUGCUGGAUUAUAUCACGAGGAAUUGCCGUUGCGGUGAAUCUAUUUCCCCAGGGUCGAAAUGCGGUUAUGGAACGAGUAAAACAUUGGAUGUCCGUUGCAACUUCCUACGCCCUGGCGGCGAUGAUUUUCGUGCUGAUGCUGGGCGUUAUACCACUGAUGUUUGGACUUUUGCUCGAGCUGGUUGUUGUUGUACCGUUACGAGUUCCGUUGGAGCAAACACCGGUUCUGUUUCUGUGGCAGGAUUGGGCUCUGGGAGUGUUAUACACAAAAAUCGCUUGCGCGCUUACAUUAAUGGGCCCGGACUGGGCAUUGAAACGAGCCAUCGAACAAGUCUACCGCGAUGGUCUACAUGAUAUUAAUCUAAGGUUCAUCAUUCGUGAACUAGGCGCCCCAGUCAUAACCUGCUUCGGCCUCGCUUUAGCCGUUCCCUACGUCAUCGCACAUUCAAUUCUGCCACUUUUCUUCACCAAUCAAGUAACAAGGAUAUUAAUCGCCCGCCAGAUCUACCCAUUCUUCUUGCUGAUCGCAUUCAUCGUCGUGAUCGUAAUUCUGCAGAUCCGUCAGUUCAAGAAACUGUACGUGGCAAUCAAGAACGACAAGUAUCUGGUGGGACAACGGCUGGUCAACUACGACCAUCAGCGCAAAAAACGUUCGGAGGCCGCAGCCGCGGCAGCGGCAGCUGCAGCAGCAGCUGCUGCUGCUACAUCGCCGGCAGCGGCCGCUGCUGCAGGUGCUGAACAACAACAACACCAACCAGCCAAUGUUCAGGCUCAACAAGUGAAUCAACCGGACGAUGAAAUACGACAACCGGAUCCGGCAGUGGCUGCAGCCGCCGCCCAAGCUGUACAGUAGAUUCUAGAACGGGCAGGUACACGGAAUCGACAUCCUACUAGCGAAUACAAAGGUUCAGGAGUGUGGGAUGCGGCUUUGAAGUGUGAGAGAUAUCAAUUAGCUGAACAAACUAUCAAUCUAGUGGACGAAAAGAACGAUUGGCAGGAGUAAAGGUACUUUUUGUUGUAGCUGUUUUUAUUUUUUUACAUAUUUGGGAUCCAUGUAUCAUAGCAAAAAAAAAUAUAAGCAUAAUAAUGAAAAACUUAAAAAAAAUCAAAAAAAUAUUGUUGUUAUAGUAGUAAAAUUAGCGAGUUUAACCAUUAAAUGAAUUAUUACAAAAGGAAAAACAAAAAAGAAAAAUCAUAGCGUAAGAUAUUUAUACUGAACAAAAAGAGAUAAGAUAAACCAGUUUUACUAUUAGAGGAGAAGGGAUUGCUUACCAGGUGCGAAAUGGCAUCAAAAUUAUUUCAUUCGAAGCCGAAAAUUUUUGCGUCUAUUUCAUUUUUGUAAUGAAUUGUAAUCAAAAUGAGGUGAAAAAAUUUGCUUGUCUGGCAAAUAAAACGACAUGGGAAGCAGUAGAUAAGCCAACAUAUGUACAGACACAAGCCGAGACUUUUCAUUCAGGGCAUCCACUUGCAAAUUAUCUCUGUUAGUAAUCUUUUCAGGCAAAAUAAUAAAUGGAUUUUCCUCUUCAAUUAGACACUAUUGCAGGGCCCAGAGCAAACACAAGCUAAUAAAGAACUGAUCGUAAUACAGCAAAUGAGUGAA